ACCAGAGAAGAAGAUACAAAUGGGAGAUACCAUUGACACCGCCAUGGGGGUGUUCUCUUAUCAGUACCUGGCGUCCAAUGACAGUUUACUUUUCAACAUCACACCAACCCACUUCCCCCCCCUGCCACCCAUAAUAGACAUGGCCAUCAGCUUCACCACCAUAGUAAUCCUCUUCGUUACCAUGGUUUCACUGGGCUGUAACAUGGAGGUGUCCAAGAUCAAGACCCACAUCCUGAAACCUAAAGGAGUAGCCAUCGCAGUGGUGGCACAGUUCGGAGUAAUGCCCCUCACUGCCUUCUCAUUGGCUAAGGUGUUACAGCUGGGGCCGAUGGAGGCUGUAGCGGUGUUGAUCUGUGGAUGCUGUCCAGGGGGAAACAUCUCCAAUAUACUGGCCCUGGCACUGAAGGGAGAUGUGAACCUCAGUAUUGUGAUGACUACCUGCUCUACAUUCCUAGCCCUGGGUAUGAUGCCACUGCUCCUCUACCUAUACUGCCAGGGCUUCUCCAACCUGGAGAGUGCUGUCCCCUAUGUUGGCAUCACUCUGACCCUGGUCAUGACUCUGUUCCCUUGCGGCAUCGGCAUCCUCAUCAACUACUACAGGCCGCAGUACUCCAAGACCAUUACCAAGAUCGGUCUGUCCCUCCUGUUAAUAUCCAUGGUAGUGAUCGGCCUAUUGGCCAGCGUGACCAGAGGAAGAAUGAAUGUGAUGCAGAUCGUCCUGUCCCCUCAACUAAUGGCCACUGCUGCCCUCAUGCCCCUCAUUGGUUACACUUUAGGAUACGUCCUUUCAUACCUGUUCAGAGUCAACAGAUCGGGGCAGAGGACCAUCGCCAUGGAGACGGGAUGUCAGAACAUCCAGCUGUGUUCCGCCAUUCUGAAGGUGGCGUUCCCUCCCGACGUGAUUGGUCCGCUCUACCUCUUCCCUAUAGUCUACAUAGGGUUCCAAGUGGGAGAGGCCUUACUGCUCAUCGUCCUCUUCUGGGUUCACCAGAGGUUCUUUAAAACAACAAAGAAAGAGAAGCGGGUGUACGAGGCAGUGAAGUUAGAGGAAGCAGGCCAGCCCAGCGAUGUGGCCAUUUGAUCAGAUAGAAUUCAGAGCAAACGUUGACACUACACAUCCAAGUAUAAGUGACCAAAUGAUGAAACCCUCCCUAACCCGGACAAUGCCAAUUGUGCGUCGCCCCACGGACCUCCCGGUCGCGGCUGGUUACAACAGAUGUCAAUCUCUCAUGGUUCAAAGUGGAGCAGAGACUUCAUCACUACUUGUUUUUGUAAGAAGUGUUGACAAGCUGAAUGCACUGAGAUCCAAGGUACUAUUCAUAUAAUUAAUUAAAAUGCCUUUAUUUGAAUGGCAUGUUCAGUGGAAACAAAGAUUAAAAACUUGACACAAUUUGGCUGCAUGGCCUUCGUCAGGGAGUACAAAGAUAUGCAUUAUCCUCUUUUGAACAGCUUUUUCCAAUCAACCCUGAUUUGAAGCACGAGUGAUUCCAGGAAUUCAUUGGACAACACCUCGUAGGUAACACUAUACACAUUAAAAGGUGAAAAAUUGUA